UCCCAUCUCGCCGCCGCCCCAUGCCCCGCCGCCGUGCGCCACCACCCCUCGCCCCACCGCCGCGCGCCACCACCCCUUGCGCCGCCGCCGCGCGCCACCAUCCCUCGCCCCGCGGCCGCGCGCCACCACUCCUCGGCCCCCCGCCGGGAGCCACCAUCCCUCGCCCCGUCGCCGCACGCCGGUAGCCCCCGCCCCAUGGCGAACCGCGCCUCAACCACCGACGACCUCCGCGUGAAGAUUUCCUCGGCGAGAUCCGACGUAUGCUUCUUCUGCGGGGUAGGAGGCGGAGGACGCAGCGGUGACUCCCACGCUAGGGAUGCAGAGGACACGCACGGCGCGCGACGCAAGAUGGUGGUCAUGGGUGGUGAUGCGCCUGUGCGCCGCCCCAUCCACGGCUGACCGCCGCUCGAAGCUGCCCCUGCACGCCGCCGACUCAUCCAGGCACUGCCCCCUGCUUCCUCCCAUGUGGCCUUCUUCCUCUGUCCACUACUGGCUCGUCGGCAGUUCUUCUUCGCCAACACCCGAAGAUGGAGAUGUGUGUAUGUAUACAUGUGUUCUGGAGAUAGGAGAACUUAUCUGGUGGUGUGUGCGUGCUGCUGCAUCCUCUUCCGGCCGCUCUAAUGCACACCCUCAGUACAACUUCUUUCGGCGAGGUGGAGAUUGGGGCGCGGUGGGGUGUGGCCUUGCGUGUGGAGACGGCCCGCCGCAACGUCACCGGCCGGAUCCCGCUCUUCAGUCCCGAACUGAAGCAUGUCAGCAAACCGGGCGCUGGGCCAACCACUGUUGUCUGUCUACCUCCUUCCCCGUGCAGAGAAGUUACCCUGUUGCGGGCUGACCUGGAGGCUCCUUCUCCACGUCGACACAAUUGCAGGACCAACGUGCUACUGACCACGCAAGCUUUCUCAAGGAGCUCGUGUCCAACGAUACUGAAAGGAAAAAUGGAGUGAAAGUGCUACUCCAGUUUUGAACUUCUUAUUCAGUCAUGCUAUUACUGAGUGAAAAAUGGAGUCAAAGUGUAUUGCAAUUGAUCUCUCUUAGACCCUGGCAAUCCUCUAUUUAUCCUUUGUUUGCUUGUCUUUUGGUCUGUAAUUCAAGAACUUUGACCUUUGUAAUUCGGUUUUUGGUUAAUUUAUUAUGCCCGGCACAAACCUUUAAAUCUGAAGAGGCUUCUAAUAGCAAGGAAAUGUGCAGCCGGUGUGGUGUAUAUGUCAUUCAUGUAUGAAAAUGUGCAGCCGGUGUGGUGUAUAUGUUAUUCAUGUACAUGUA